GGGAAGGAACACUUGUAUUGAUUUAUGAUCCUUUACCUUGUUCAAGAACUAUAUGUUUUGCGAGUUUCAAACACCGAAUAGAACAAGUCCCAUUGUUCUUUCCACCACCACUUGGCAUACUCUAAUUCAGCCGGCCCCUCCUCUCAACUUUCUCCCAAUAGAUUAAAAACCUACCACCAAACCUUCACUUUCAUUUAAUUCCUCAUGCUUAUGGUUUUCCUUCCUCACCAAUCCACCCUAAAGAAAACAACAUGGACAGGCUCAUAAAGUUAGAGCCUUCAAACACAGUCCUAAUAAGAGUAGAACCAGGCCAAAAGUGCCAAGGCAAAAUCACCUUACACAACGUCAUGCACACAAUGCCAGUGGCCUUCAGGCUUCAACCCCUCAUCAAAACUCGUUACCUAGUUAAGCCCCACUCAGGUAUUAUCUCCCCCUUAGCCACGCUCACCCUAGAAAUCACCUAUCAUACACCCUCCACCACCACCCUCCCCCAUUCCUUCCCUCACUCCAACGACUCCUUCCUCCUACACAGCGUCUUGGUUCCAGGAGCCGCCAUCAGAGAACCCUCCUCCAUGUUCGACGCUGUUCCCUCCGACUGGUUUAAGAAAAAACAAGUCUUCAUUGACAGCGGCAUAAGGGUCAUGUUUUUAGGGUCACACAUUCUGGCCCAGUUGGUCUCGCUCGGAGAAAUCGAUGAGGUCAGGGAAGCUCUGGAGAGAAGCGACCCUUCAUGGAGAAUGGUAAACAGCACCGACCCACAUGGCCAGACAUUGCUCCACUUGGCGGUCGCGCAGGGAAGAGCUGACCUCGUUCAACUGCUUCUGGAGUUCGAGGCCGAUACCGAGACAACAAACCGUUCUGGGUUGACCCCACUUGAGGCUGCAGCAUCGUGUAACGAAACAUUGAUCGUGGAGCUUCUUCUGGCCCGAAGGGCCAACACGGAGCGAGCCGAAAUGGCCAUGUUUGGGCCGAUUCAUCACGCGGCCAGAGGAGGACACGUGGAGGUCCUGAGACUGCUCUUGCUCAAAGGCGCCAAAGUGGACUUGCUCACGAAAGACGGCAACACUGCUUUGCACGUUGCAGUUGAGGAGCGUCGAAGAGACUGUGUUAGACUUCUUCUAGCCAACGGUGCCAGAACUGACCUUAAGAACGCAAGAGAAGGUGACACCCCUUUGCACACGGCAGCAGCAGCAGGAGACGAGAGCAUGGUGAAGCUCCUUCUGCAAAAGGGCAAUGCCAACAAGGACGUUCGAAACGCGCAAGGCAAAACCGCCUACGACGUCGCGGUGGAGAACGGCCACGAGCGCCUCUUCGACGCCCUGAGUCUGGGCGACAAGCUGUGCACGGCUGCAAAGAAAGGCGAAGCGAGAACCAUCCAGAAGCUUCUGGAGAACGGCGCGGACCUUAACGGGAGGGACCAGAACGGUUGGACCGCGCUGCACCGGGCCUCGUUCAAAGGGCGAAUCGACGUGGUGAAGGUUCUGGUGGAGAGAGGGGUGGAGGUGGACGCGAAGGACGAAGAAGGGUACACGGCACUGCACUGUGCGGCGGAGGCGGGGCACGCAGACGUGACGGAGUUUUUGGUGAAGAAAGGUGCGGACGUUGAGGCGAGGACUAGGAAGGGCGUGAGUGCGUUGCAGAUAACAGAGUCGUUGAACUACGUGGGGAUCACGAGGGUUCUUGUUAACGGUGGGGCUAGUAGGGAAAAUUCUGAUAGAGUCUCUGCUUUUGGUGCAAUUGCUUUUGGGAGUAAGAUGAUGGAAGGUGGGGGUGUUGUGAAGAAGAGGAGGGGUGGUGGUGACAGGGGUAAUAUCAGAGGGUUGAAAAAUGGUGCUGGUUUUGGUCGUUCAUUGGCUCUGGCUGUGCUCUAAUGACAGAGAUGCUGAUUCAUUAAUGGUGCUUGCUUACUAGUGAGUUGGUACAUUAG